GGGCUGAGUAUAUAAAGUGGGCGGCGUUUAGUGAUAGACAGUUUAUAUAAUGAGCAGCGCGGACACAAAGCCAGUAUAAAUACUGCGGGACGCAAGAAACAAGUCUUCAUUCACGAAUUACACGAGAAGCGCGAGGAUACCCAACGGCGCAAUGCUGACGCACAAAGUUUAGAACCAAAACAAGACAUUACCAUUGACACUAAACACAUCGGUGUGCUCACUGUGGAAUACUAAACAUGCUCCGUGGAUAUCUUGAGCCGAAGAGGAAUAAGACUGGAUGCUGAUUUUCCAGUUUCACCUUCACCUUUUGGAUAACCUGGAAAUUUGACGUGCUCCUGCACACUGAAGUGACGUGCAUCGUGGACGCGCAGCGGGAUAUACCUUUUUACUCUUCGGCAUUUGUUUUCAUUGCACCCUUUUGCAUUGGAAUAGGCUCUUUCGGGGAAUAUAAUCGUGGGUGACGCGGCUGCCCAGGAGAAUCGAAAAGCAUGGCAGCUUGGCUCACCUUUCUCAUCGCAUUUUUCACGACCGUUUUGACGCAGAUAUUUGGAUCUGGUGUUUUCGAACUCGACCUUCACGAAUUCAAAAAUUUCAAAGGCUUGCUCGCAAAUGGCAAUUUAUGCAAGCCUGACUGCAGGACUUUCUUCAAAGUUUGCCUAAAAAACUACCAGGUGGUCGUGUCUCCAGGUGACUGUAUCUUUGGAAGUGCCAUAACGCCAGUGCUGGGGACAAACUCGUUCAGUAUCAUGGGAGGUGGCUCUUUCAGCACACCAAUUCGACUGCCGUUCAACUUUGGCUGGCCGGGAUCAUUUUCAUUGAUUAUUGAGGCCUGGCACUCACCUUACGCGGAUCUACCUGUAGACACAUACAACCCCGACUUGCAGAUAAGCUUUUUUGCCAUCCAGAGAAAGUUGGAAGUAGGGGCUGAUUGGUCUCAUGAUGUUCAAAGCUGGAAGCAGACGGAGCUAAGGUAUUCUUACCGGUUCAUCUGCAAUGAAAAUUACUACGGCGACAGUUGUUCCAAAAAAUGCACGCCCAGGGACGACCGUUUUGGCCACUACACCUGCAACCCAGAUGGGCAGUUAUCCUGUCUCCCUGGCUGGAAGGGGGAGUACUGCGAAGAACCGAUCUGUCUGGAGGGGUGCAGUGAGGCGAAUGGCAAUUGCUCCAAACCUGGAGAGUGUGUGUGCAGAGAGGGAUGGCAGGGUAAACUUUGUACAGAGUGUAGAAAAUAUCCAGCCUGUAAACACGGCACCUGUCAACAGCCGUGGCAGUGCAACUGUAAAGAGGGCUGGGGUGGACUGUUCUGUGACCAAGAUUUGAAUUUUUGCACACAUCACAAGCCAUGUGUGAACGGAGCCACAUGUAUGAAUACAGGUCAGGGCAGUUACACCUGCACCUGUCGGCCUGGAUUCACCGGGGUCAAUUGCGAGCUUGAAGUGCGAGAGUGUGACAGCAGCCCAUGCAAGAAUGGAGGUCUUUGCUCGGAUCUUGAUAAAGGUUACGUCUGCACCUGUCUGCCUGGCUUUGAGGGAACUCACUGUGAACACAGUCUGCUCACCUGCGCAGACUCUCCGUGCUUUCAUGGCGGCAGAUGCCACGAGAAGGACAACGGGCGCAGCUAUGCGUGUGACUGUCCCAGAGGCUACACGGGUCUCAACUGCGAAAGAAGAGUGGACAAAUGCACGACUCUGCCGUGUGCCAAUGAUGGCUUGUGUGUGGUCCUGGGGGGCGUUCGCAUGUGUAGCUGUCGAGCGGGCUUCACCGGCCAGCGCUGCGAGAUCAACAUCAACGACUGCGCGAACAACCCCUGCGCUAACGGCGGCACGUGCUACGACCGCAUCAACGACUACGUCUGCUCCUGUGCCCCGGGAUACGAAGGCCGUAACUGCGACCGGCCCUCCAACGCCUGCUCGUCUAGACCCUGCCUCAACGGCGGCUCCUGCGUGGGCAUCCCAGGGAACCCGCCUGCCUGCUUCUGUCCCAGCGGAUUCUCCGGACCCCACUGCGAAUACUACUCGGUCACAGCUCCCGUGGCCAAAGUAGAUCCUCAAGACUCCUUCCAGUGGGCCGCGGUCUCUUUGGCCGUGGGUUUGGUGGCUCUCGUGGUUCUGCUCUGCAUGGUGGUCAUUGCCCUGCGCCACAUUCACAGGCAGGCAUCUGGAGAAAGGACUCGAGGCGAGGCAAUGAACAACAUGUCGGAAUCACAAAGAGACAACUUGAUCCCCACCUCACAGCUGAAGAACACUAAUAAGCAGGUCAGCCUAGAGGUGGACUGCGCACCUGACAAAUCGAAUUACAUACACAAGAACUGCCACUUGGACUACAAUUCAUCGAAAGAGUUCAAGGACAUCGUAUCCCAAGAGGACAAAAGUCAUAAAUACGAAAAGUGUUUAGAAGAGAAAAUACCAUUGAGUAGAAUGUACAGGGAAAAGCCAGAGUGUAGGAUAUCAACGAUAUGUUCCCCAAGGGACUCCAUGUACCAGUCUGUGUUUGUAAUAGCAGAGGAGAGGAGUGAAUGUGUCAUAGCAACUGAGGUAUAAAUUACAGGCUGAUGUCUAUGAAGAGAGGAGACAAAAACACAAUCAAAGUAAAAUCUUUUUUCUGGAUUGUUUACAAAAAUACUUAGAGACUGGAGAUUUAUAUCGACAUCCACUGCUGCACUGAGAAACUUGAGAAACUGGAGAGAGCAGAGUCCUGCUCAUCGAAUGCAAUAGUUUAGUUUUAUGUUGAAGAAGUGUUUGUGUACAAAUGUGUACAGUCCUGGAUGAUUUCUGAACUCUUCUGCUACGGUAUGUUUUUUUUCCCCCGUGGGCUGAAAGGAAAAA